GGCAAUCACCUACCAGGAAGUUGCGAUAGUCCUGUUUUUGUUGACUUAAAUCAAAUGCGAGGAAAGCCGAUACAUAGCUGUACAUAAAUAAAAUACGGGUCAUUGUUAAGAGUAUUGAGGAAUCAUGUUUAAUACUUUGGUUGUAUCGUUUAUAAAUUAUUAGUUGCAGUUUUCAGGAUAAAUGGCAGUUCUUGGCUUUCUACAAAGAAACGAUAAAAACUAGUCUUUCCAAGAAGCAAAAGUUUGACAUCGCCAGAAAGCAAAGUUUACACUUUCUAUAAAACUUAUGAAGGAACUCAUUGGUCUUCUAUGGGACCAUCAUCAGUCUGAGUCGAAUGAGAAAGGAAAAGCAAACAUGGAAUAAAUUCUGUUUGUUGAAUUUGAAAUUGAACGAAAACAUGGUGUUGUUAUGCAUGGAUUUUUAAACUUAUUGGUGGGAAAUCUAUAUACUCUGUUUACUAAACGGGUCAGUUAUUCACGAUGAACCGAGUCCGUGUCGUGCAAUAGUCUUAGUAAUGGUUAGUCUGCGAAACAGUGCAACAGGUACCCGUAUAUUCGCGCGUCUAGAAUGGAAUUGAUUACGGCGUCGAAAAACGGAAACUUUGAAACUGCAUUCAAUCUGCUUCAAGCCGGCGUAACCCCUCGGGUGACGGACAAGGACCAGGCUACGCCCCUUUACUGGAGCGCGUGCAAUGGCCAUAACAGCCUGUGUGAGAUCCUCAUUCAAGCCGGAAGUGACGUAAACAAGAAGGUCACGUGGGGUUCCACCCCGCUGCACGCUGCCGCGGAUAGGGGUCAUAAAGACUGCGUUGAGACUUUGAUUCAAAGUGGAGCGGAGAUCAACUGUCAAAAUGACCGAGGGGACACAGCGCUCCACAAGGCAGCGUACAGAGGACAUUAUGACGUCAUCAUGACAUUGCUGAAGGCGCGCGCUAACGUCACGAUACGCAACGAAAAAGGCAAGACGCCGCAAGGGGAGGCUCUCGAAGGGGGUCAUCGGGAUCUUGCUAUCAAGCUUUCACAGUUCUCAAACGGUGUGAGGAACAUACCUGUAGAUGAACGAGAUCGAAGACCGGAAAUCGGGCGGCUCCCGUUGGAUUUAAACCGGAAGUCGACACCCACCCGGAUGUGCACCGGGGCUCCGAGCGAGCACGAGAGCAGCGAGUAUGAAAAUAUCCAACUUCAGUGUCAGUCUCCGAGGAUCGAGAUCGCUCCGCCCAUUGUUUUACGUCAGACGUCGAUGGAUGUGCUACCCCCGCCACGCCCACCGACCACUCUCGGUCGCAGUAUCAGCUUCAGCGGCCAUCACUCGCGCCCGCCGUCCAGCUCCCGCCUACCCUCCGAGCACGCCUUUCUCAACCCGCACAUGGAGGUCCGUGCAAAUUCCGUUGGAAACAUGAAUCAGCUCCGCCCCAACGACGCCGGUGACGCCAUCAGGAACUAUUCCUCCAUGGAAUACGUGAACGCCAAUCACCUCUUUGACUCUGAGUUGUCGUCGCCGACCGAAUUGUCAGAGUCGUCUGCCUACAGCAGCGAUACUUCAUGGAACACGACGUCAAUUACGUCAUCGCCACGGAACGUUCCUUUGAACACGUGCGAUCAAAUUGUUCCUCAACGAGAUACGCCCCAAAUGUUGCACGCACCGCGGCAGAUCAGACCGAACAGGAGCUCUCUCGGAUCUAUGAUGCAGUUUGAUUCAAAUUGUGGCAUCGACGUAAAUUCAAGUGUUCGAGAAUUCGUAGCGAAACUGAACAAACAAUUAGUGGAAUCUUACAAAAACAACGAGCAACUUACCAUAGAAAACGAUUCGCUGAAGUUUAAAUGCUCGACACUUCUAAAUCGACUAACCGAAACAGAGCAACAACUUCGCGAUAAACAGCAAGAAUUGGCAUGCCUCGAAGAGCUGCUCGAGCAGCAGCGACAACUGCGUUCCCGCACCGAGGCUUCUGCAGGCACCGGAAGUUGUGAAAUCUCGGAGACGAAAUCUCGCGAGAGGAACGGGCUACUGCAGUUUACGGAGCACAUCGGCAAGUCCAUGACGGAGGAUGCUCUCGACGAGAUGCAAGACGUGUUGAGGGAAACUCUACAAAAUCACGCCCUAGUAUGCGAGACGGAGGCGCCGGAACUUGACGCCCCACACAGAGAGUGGCUGCCCGGAGUGGAUUACGUCAUAGUCGGAAGUGAGGCCCUCGAGUGCAGAUACAUCUACAAGACGGACGCACUUCCGAUCUGCCUCGUAUUCAACAUAAAACAUUUGAACACCGGACGGCCUCUACGGUUGAAGGUUUUAAUCCUUCGACAAAGGUCUUCCAAUGUCGACUCAAGUUAUAAAACAGAACUCGAUAUAGUAGAUCAACUCGGUGACAACAAGCACAUGGAAACCUGUUUGCAUUCCUUCGAAGGACCGGCUCAGCGAUUUGUGAAAUUCAUUCCCCACAAAUUUACAAAAAUGCUUGAAGCAGAACAAAUAUCGCCCCGAUCUACUUUUAUUGUGAAUGAACAAUUGAGUUCUUUGGUUAGUUUUAUCAGUUCUUGUGAAGAGACUUUUGACGGACUACUUUCUCUGUUUACAAUUCAGUGCUUUUAUAAACUAUUUAGCGUUCUAUGUUGUUUAAGUGAAACGGGUAUUCAACACGGAAGCAUUAGUGAGGACAGUGUAUUUAUCGACGAUUGUUUGAACGUAAAACUUGGGAGAUUUGAAACCGCAUCUACCUCGGGUUGUAAACAAGCAAAGGCGAACGGAAAACGACUUCCUGCAGAAAGUGACGAAGCAUUUAAUGAUUACGAAAACGUCCCUCAUAUUCAAAGAGGUUCCCAGACAAGUCAUGUCAGUGACGACUACAGCCCGGACGUGUCGGCUCUGUGCGCCCUCUUCACCACCAUUUUCCAGCGCGUACAGGUCUCGUGCACACCAGCAUCACUUGCGCACGCGCACACGGACCGACGUCUGCGGGUCUUCGCAUACCGCGUGGUCUCGGACUUUACUUCAUGGAGCGCGUAUAGAAUCAUGCAAAGUUUGGGAUUCCUUCUGCUCGGCGAUGACGUCAUCAAGGUGAAUACAGAGUUCGCGUGCCGGGCCUUUGUACAGACCCGGAUGUUACGAUUGUUGGCCACCACGCCACCUUGCGUCAGCCCAUGCAAUCCCGACAGGCAGUCGAAACUGCGAAAGGCUGUGGAGAGGAAUCGCCAUGAAAUCGAGGCUCAUUUCCUGUGUAAUACAUCCGUGAAGCAGAUCCUUCGACUAGCGCAAGAGCUGCGAUGACAGGGCACAGGCAUACACACUGCACGAAGUUACAUUAACCGAUUUUUGCCUAGAGGACUCUCCCAUCCUUCUUAAUUGGAUCAAUUUAUUUCCUAAUUUAGGGAUGUCUAGUAUAUUUAUUUCUAUAUUUAGAAUAUUUCUUACAGUAAUUCAUUUAAGCAAACAGCGCAGGCCCUGAUGAGACGCCGCAUCAUCAUGCGGCGUCUCAUCUGGGUCUACAUUGUUUACCAAUGCCUUUAUUUUAGACGCUAGGUAUAAAUGGUUGAAGCGUAGGCGACGAGGUGUUUGACAUUUUAAAAUUUCAUUUACUGUUAGGACAUAUACUUGACAUUUACUUUAAACGCUGUUGACGUCAUAAAUAUGUUAAAUCUGUGAUACUGACGCAGCAUUUAAAGUGCUGUACGAAAUAAAGCACAAUAUUAUGGUAAACUUAGAUCUAGGCAAGGUAUGAAUAACUGGUGCAUCAAGCUCACGACUCUCAUGUACGUGGUCGUUGAUGAGAUUGGACAUGAAACACCUGCCGUUACAUUCACAUGACAUAAGCGUUACAUUUACAUAGCCUCUCAACGAGUUUCGACAGGGAGGCGGAAAGAACGACAACGGGCGAGGCAUGGUAUGGUAUUGCGCAAGGGGGGGGGGGUAUAGGGUUAGGGUUAGGGUUAGUGUUAGGGGUCGGGUUAGGGUUUGGGUUAGCCUAAACCCAACCCUAACCCUAACCCGACCCCUAACCCUAACCCUUACCCUUACCCUAACCCUUCUUUGGGGUUAUCACCCCUGACCAUGCCUCGCCCGUUGUAGUUUUCCGCCUCCCGUUUCGACAAGAUUUUAUAAGGGAGAUCAUCUUGAUAUAAAAUUUGGAGCUUUUGCCGAUGACACUAAUCGCGUUUAUAGUUGCAAAGAAUUUUGCAAGGAAAUUUCAGGAAUCCAUCAUCAAGAGAAUUCUAAUGACAAAUUGAGAAAACACAGCUUGUUUUCGUGAAAUAAUUAUUGAGUAAUUUGACCAAUUUUAAUAACUUUGCUGAUGUUUAAAAUGCAAUUAUAAUUUGUAUGCGCUGCCAAAAGCCAUUCGAAAGGCAUCUGUUAGGGACUGUGUAAACUCACGCAUUCAAACAGUCAACCCACAUCUUUUUAUGAACAAGUAUAUUUUAAGCAUAUGUAUUAAGCCUUCACGUAAUAUAUAUUGUACAUCGACACGUUAUGUAUAUUGCAUUGUGACACAUAAUUUAUAUUGUAUUGUGACACGUAAUGUAUAUUGUAUUGCAAUGCCAUUUAGAAUAUUAUGAAACAUGUAAGUUUGGAGACAACUGAGUUGUGUGGUACAAUAUGCAUGUUAUGAAGCUGUAUCUACCAUGAUCAUUCCACCAUUUUACUUGCUUGAUUAAGAUUUGCUUGCACAGCGAUUGUAUAAAUUGUCAAGAGUUAUGUUGUGCGGAUAUAAAACAAUAGAACUUCAGCGAACUAA